CUUGUCGCGAGACAGUACCGCUUAGCAAGUAGGAGUUCAAUCGGUGGUUCUGCCGUUGGAGUUAACGGAGGUUCGCCAGUUCAGUAUUAAAUUUUGUAGCCCUGAUGAACCGGAUUCGCAUCCACGUGCUGCCGUCCAGCAGGGGCCGAGCGUCGCAGGCCGCGCGCGCCCACGAGCCCCAGACGUGCGCGUUCACGCAGCGAGCGUGCACUCAGCCUCGCAUAGACGGCUGGGACUUCUGCAUCAAGCACAUCCUGGAAGACAAAAAUGCUCCAUACCGCCAGUGCAGCUAUGUCUCCAGCAAGAACGGCAAGCGCUGUCCCAAUGCUGCCCCCAAACCAGAGAAAAAGGACGGAGUUGCGUUUUGUGCUGAGCAUGCACACAGGAAUGCUUUGGCUCUGCAGGCACAGAUGCGCAAGGCAUCCUCUGGACCAUCCCCCGAGUACCUGCUCUCUCAGCUCAGUGGCUACAAUAGGACAGAGAUGGGAGCUCUCGGCCAGGACAGUCGCAGUGAAGUGAACCGAAUUCUAGAUGAAGACAGCUGGAGUGAAGACGAGCAGGACCCAGUGGUGCUUGAUCAGACAUGGAGAGGAGAUCCUGACAGUGAAGCGGACAGCAUAGACAGCGACCACGAAGACCCUCUAAAGCAUGCCGGGGUGUACACUGCAGAAGAAGUCGCUUUGAUUACUCGCGAAAAGCUCAUCAGACUCCAGUCACUCUACAUAGACCAGUUUAAACGUCUGCAGCACUUACUGAAGGAAAAAAAGAGACGUUACCUGCACAGCCGCAAGAUCGAGCAUGACACAAUAGGCAGCAGUCUUUUAACAGGACCUGAGGGUCUGUCCAUGAAAGAGAGGGAAAAUCUGAGGAAGCUGAAGGCGUUACGACGCUACCGGCGACGCUAUGGGGUGGAGGCUCUGCUACACAGGCAACUACGGGAGCGCAGACAGGCUGUUACUGAGGGAGGAACACCACAGGCUCACUCAGUUCGCCCCAGCCAGAGGUGCAUUUCUUUUGUGGAGGGGACGCGGUGCUUAAACCCCUGUUUGCCCUUGACGCGGCACUGCCUUUCUCAUAUUUACCAAGAUAGUAGCCAGGUGUUGUUUAAGAUGUGCCCAGGUUUAAAGGACGUGCCCUGUGACAGACCCGUGCACAUGGGCCAGUCAGAGGAGCCACGGUGCCCGCUGCAUCUCUCCCUGCCUCCUCCCAUGUACCAGCCUGAACAGGAACCACUGGCGCCGGAGCAGCUAUCGUUAGCACCGACGGAUAUGUACCUGAGCGCUGCUGAGCUUCAACCAACAGAGAGCCUGCCACUCGAGUUCAGCGAUGAUCUGGAUGUGGUAGGGGACGAGGAGAUGCAGUGCCCUCCAUCACCGCUGCUUUUUGACACGGCCCUGGCGCUCGAAGACCAGACCAUCCGUGCUAUUGCUGAAGCCCCUAUGGACAUCCUUGAGUCAGGACAAGACGCCGAGCUUUCGGAGACAGAUGACAUGUCUGCAGCAGACCAGGCUGUGUCGGAGGUAUCCGAAACAGCAGGAGAUGAGGAUGCCACACAGAAUACAUCAAAGGACGCCGACACAAUAACAACAGUUGCCACAUCCUGAGCAUCUUGUGCACUGAUUUUCUCAGCUGUCUGUAGACUUUUAACCUUCUGCACUGGUGUCCAGUAAAAAGCCAUAUUUAACCAAGAUGACUUUUUGUGGAGGAAAUGUUGCACCCUAUUUAUAGAAAUUGUCCUGAAGUAUAUUCCAAAAGCUUAUCACUUGGAAAAUAAGUGCUAAUGCAUUACUCGCAGCCUGUGUCAGUUUGUCUCCCUUUUUUUUCUUCUUUUUUUAUUAUUAAAAUAAAUCAUACUUUGUUGCUCUGGUCUGGAA